AUGCGCCUGUACGAGGAAUACGACAACGAAACGGAUUCACACUACCACCACCUCAGAGGUACCAGAAACCUAUUGAAUCACGACGCCAUCGCCCGUUUUGUCACACAGGGCGGGCUAGCCGAGGCCGCGAGUUGGGUCCACCUCCGCCAGGCCCUUUACGUAUACCUGGUUCGUCGAACACCCAUAGAAAUAUGCUUGGAGAACUUUGAGAGAUCGUCCACAUUCAAAAGCAACGAUGACACGGCGCACGCAAAUCGCAUCGUGUACCUAUUCGCAAAGGUGCUGAAGCUUUUCUUUCCCGAGGAUGGGAUAGAAUCCCCUACAGAUAGCGCGACGGCGUGGGAGAAACUGCAAGCCGACGUGGAGGUUUGGUAUCGAGAGAAACCAUCUCGUUCCGACCGCUCUUUUACGAAAAGGCAGAUGUGGUGA